AAUGAUGAGUGAUGAAGCGGAGUUUACUGUAGGGCCUGAAAACCGAACGGAACUUUGUGGAGAACCCGAGAAUCCUUCUUCGUCUAAGGAAAAGCUGAGUAUGGACCUGCUGUCCGUGAAACAGGAAGAAGAGGGAGAAUCCUCUGUUUGGGCCUCAUCCGUGUCCAUGGAAGAUGAUGUCACUGCCACGCACGAUGUUCACGAGGAGAAGAUGGAAAAUGGUCAGAUCUCACCCGAUGGCUUCUUGUCAAAACCUGCCGCCGCAGAGCUUGUGAACACGGCAGGAGGUAGCAGCCCACCCGACCGAGCGGAUUCUCUGUCCGAUGACUUCACUGGUCUCAGGAAGGAUGACCUGAUGCAGAAUCCCGGUAGUAAUGCACUCGCAGGAGGAACCAGGAACUGCGGUGUCUCUGUAGAUGAUCGAAAAGUCUCGGCAACACCUGCUUUGGAAACUGGGCCGAGUACGUCGCAAAUUACUCCCGCUAUGGCGCAAGGAAUCAACGCUGAUAUAAAACACCAGUUAAUGAAGGAAGUUCGAAAAUUUGGACGAAAGUAUGAAAGGAUUUUCAUUUUGCUUGAAGGAGUGCAAGGACCUCUUGCAGUGAGGAAACAAUUCAUUGAAUUUACCAUCAAGGAAGCUGCAAGGUUCAAAAGACGAGUCUUAAUUCAGUACCUUGAGAAGGUACUAGAAAAAAUAGAACCCCACCACCUUGUCAAGAACAUUAAUCACAUCAACAGCAGAUCAUGAUGUUAACGCAAAGACCAAGGAGGAACAAAGAAUACGUUUCCUGUGCUGUAGGAUAGAACGGGAUAUCGUUGAGUAUCCUACGAGGUUGUAGUCAAGGGAACUGCCUUCCAGAGGCUAAAAAAGAGCCGUGGAGCCUUCUGUUUUCAGAUGCUCUGGCGGGAAAAGCUGGCUUUCACCCUAUGAGUUUUCUUUGAAAGUAUUAAUUGGCUGUUUUGUUGUUACUUUUCCCAAUUGAGGAAGGUGAUGUUAUCAAUCCAGCAGGUUAAAAUCAGUCAACCCUGUCGCCCCUACCACACGGGAUAAGGGCUCACUCUUGCACUUGGCCGUCCCGGGCAUUUGCAGAGUGACUAGGGGCCGCGUGCAGGAGGAGCAAUACUUGACGCUCUUACUAUGUCCCUUAGAAAGAAUAGGUGUUCAGAGGCCAACUGGGCAUCUUGUGUGUGCUGAACAAAGUUUUCAACCAUUCCUAGUUGUGCCUUUAAACCCAUGCAAUAUUCAGGACAGUUUGGAUCAAAGAGGAAGAGAGCUGCUAUUUGGGUAACUUAUUUCUCCGUGGGAGGGGCAGGGGAAGUCACCAAACAAUCUACCUCCAACUCUGUUCUGUUGUGUCUGGAGACAUUACAAAGUGCACCUGAGGCUGCCUCAAGCCCUGACAUUUGUUCUCGCAGGUGACGACAGGAAGCCUUCAGGUGGACUCGCGCUUCUGUUCUUCAGAAGCACUAAAAGAGAAAAUAAUGUAUACAUUUCCUUUCAUGUUUAUACAAAGGUUUAUAUGGAGCAGUAUUGUUAUGUUUGUAUUAAUUUGCAGAAAUUUAACUGUACAAAGAGAUUUUGACUUGCAUAUAUAAAAUAAAUCAUUUUAUUGAUUUUUCACAAGGUCCCGGAUGCUAGAGAAAUUUCUAGUUUUCUGUUCCUUAUGAUUUGUUAUUCCUUUCAGAAAAAAAGUGCACACUGUUGUGUUCUUUAAUAGAUUUAUUUCUUUACUUCUUUAUAUUUUGGCUGCGUUGGGCCCUCCGUUGCUGCACGCUAGCUUCCUGUAGCUGCCGCGAACAGGGGCUCCUCUUCGUUGCGGUGCG